CCGCCGUUGAUGUGUGUGUUCCAAUAGCGUUAGGUCAAGGCGGACUACUCUCGAUCUCACAUCGUCUACAACUCUACGCUUAGGUAGCAAUGACUAUGGACAAGCCACACUACCCCACAACUGCACAAAAGUUGUCUGGACAACUUUUCAGAUCAACCCCCACUCAGCGUUUCGGAGCAUUUGAAGGUGGUCAGCCUCAGCCAUCUUUAUAUCAGUCACAAUAUAAAUAUGGGAACUACAGUAAUGCUGCAUUGACAUAUCCAUGUCAAAUGACAUGCGAUCUGUCUUUGGUCAAGUCUACUGCUUCCCCAGUUUUUGCACAAGCCCCUGCAGAGAAAGGAUUUGCGGGCUUCGCCAUUGAUUUCCUCAUGGGUGGAGUCUCUGCGGCGGUGUCCAAAACAGCUGCAGCUCCUAUUGAGCGUGUGAAACUGUUGAUACAAAACCAGGAUGAAAUGCUAAAGACUGGUAGAUUGUCUAAACCAUAUGGAGGCAUUGGUGAAUGUUUCUCAAGAACAAUUAAAGAAGAAGGAUUUGGUUCUCUGUGGAGAGGAAACACCGCUAAUGUGAUCCGUUACUUCCCAACCCAGGCCUUGAAUUUUGCAUUCAAGGAUUACUUCAAGAGGCUUUUCAACUUUAAGAAAGAUAGGGAUGGUUACUGGAAAUGGUUUGCUGGAAACCUGGCUUCAGGUGGUGCAGCUGGUGCUUCUUCUCUCCUCUUUGUUUACUCUCUGGACUAUGCUCGUACUAGAUUGGCUAAUGAUGCCAAGGCUGCAAAGAAGGGAGGAGAGAGGCAGUUCAACGGCUUGAUUGAUGUCUACAGGAAGACUUUGGCAUCCGAUGGUAUUGCUGGACUGUAUCGCGGAUUCAACAUAUCAUGUGUAGGAAUCAUUGUUUACCGUGGUCUCUACUUUGGAAUGUACGAUUCAUUGAAGCCAGUUCUUCUCACUGGCACGCUGCAGGAUAGUUUCUUUGCUAGCUUUGCCCUGGGUUGGUUGAUCACAAAUGGUGCUGGUCUUGCAUCGUACCCAAUCGAUACUGUUCGCAGACGUAUGAUGAUGACAUCUGGUGAAGCAGUGAAAUACAAAAGCUCGUUGGAUGCGUUCUCACAGAUCUUGAAGAACGAGGGUGCCAAAUCUCUGUUCAAGGGUGCUGGAGCUAACAUUCUGAGGGCCAUUGCUGGUGCUGGUGUGCUUGCUGGAUACGACAAGCUGCAGUUACUCGUCCUUGGAAAGAAAUAUGGAUCCGGUGGCGCAUAAAAAUGCUCUGAUGAUGAUGAUGAUGAUGAUGAUGAUGAUGAUGAUGAAUAAUGAGGGCGUGGGUUUUUCACCGGUAACAAACGGUUUUAUACAAUUUUGAAUAAUAUGUUGAUGGUGGAGUAUGUGUAUCCCCAAAACCAUCUUGCUCUUUGAUUAUUUAAUAUUUUGAUGGAGUAGUAGUAAACUUUGCAUACGGUAAGUAGGCAAUGCGGCUGAGGGCCUGAUUUUCGGAUUUAAUAUUUGGUGUAGUGAAGUUUGAUGGUAGUUCUGUUGCAUGUAUAUUACUCAGUAAACAGUUACUGAGAGCUCCUUUUGAAUUUGUUUCCAAAUAAUGGUACUUGGCAUUUUUUUUAGCUUGAAGAAAGGCGAUUAGUUAUUGAUA